GAUAAAUGUAAUGGAGUAAAAACAGCAAGACUUUAACUCGUAAUGGAGUAUAUGACCACCACAAACCCUCCACAACAUCCGGGAAGACUGUUUAAAUAACGACUUUAAUUGUUUUAAUGGGACUUUCGGCGGCGGGGAGCCAGGUGCGUCUGCAAACAAAGCCCCGCCUUCGUUUACCUUAAAUGUCCAUUGCACGGAACUAUGAUUGGCACAGAGCUACAGUUGCUCGAACGGUGAGACAUGGCGGAGUUUGUAGCCUGACAGAGAGGGGUUCAGGAGAGUUUUCCACACUUUUCAACAUGUCACAAGAACUUGAUUUCAGGACGACAAUGUCUCCGUAGCGUACGCGGACUGAAGGCGGACACGUCUGCUUUUUUUCCGGAGAGGACGAGGAGGCAGUUGGGGAAAAUGUGUUGUCAUCUUCGCGCAGUCAACAGCCUUGGGCAACAAAUAUGGCUACUUCUUGUGUAUCCUUCAAUUCGGGUUGAAAACCGUCCCAACUGGGCCGGGCGGGAUAGUUUCGGGGAGUCGCCGCAGUAGUACGAAGUGAAGUUGAUCGCACAGGAGGAUUAAGAAAGCUGGAUUUGUCCCGAAGCUGGUUGGGUUUUUAAAAAAAUAUACCCCGAAGAGAUGGAGCCCAAGCAUAAAGAGUUGUUGGAGAAAUGUUACCAGAACUUGGUGGAGUCGAUAACAGAUGCGGACCGAGUGGUGGAUGUUUUGGCUCACUGCGGGACCCUCAGCCAGUCUGAACGCUACGAGCUGGGGCACAACUGCUCCUCCAACUCGGAAAAAGUGGACCUUCUCCUGAAGAUACUCCUAAGUAAGGACAGAGACCAUUUUGCAGAGUUUUGCACAGCCCUGGAGAAGACUCACCCUCACCUGCACUCUGUGCUGCUGAAUGGCAUCGGGCCAGUGGACCAUACAACGGGGUCCACUUACAGCAUCUUGUCCACCAUGCCGUCGGACUCGGAAAGCAGCAGCUCUCUCAGCAGCUUAGGUACGCCCGCUCAAGCCUCCUCCCCUCCGCCCGCCCACAUGGACAGCCAUCAGGUGAACGAGAAGAUGGAGACGGUUCUUUUCCAGCUCAGACACGUGACCCGCGAGAGGGACGAGCUGCGUAAACGUCUGGCCCUCUCUUCACCCGGAACCACCUUCGAUGACUGCAGACCAAACUCAAAAGCAGGUCAUGACUAUGAGCGUCUGAAGCUGCAGUGCAUGAAGGCGAUGGCAGACCUGCAAUCCCUGCAGAACCAGCACAGCACCACCCUGAAGAGGUGUGAGGAGGCUGUAAAGAAAGCAGACUUCUACCAUACACUGCACAGCCGACUGGCGAGUGAGCACGCUCAGCUCAAAGAGGAGCUGGAGGCGGUGAGGCAGGACAACAUCCAGCUGGUAAGGGAGCACAACCACGUGAAGCAGGCCUGCGAGGAGCUGAGGAGGCUGCAUGACGACGGCCAGAGAGAAGUGGCCGACAUGAGGCUGCUGCACCAGCAGGUCAUGAGAGAAGGGUCACCUGACGUCCUCAACAAGCUGUAUGACACGGCCGUGGACAAGUUGGAGGCCAUGAAGGGUGACUACGAGGCUCUGAGGAAGCGCUACAACGAGAAGACGGCCGGUCACAAUGCAGACCUGAGUCGUCUGAACCAGGCCGAGGACGAGAACCACCGGCUGCAGAAACAGCUUGAGAUGCUGCUGAAGCAGAGAGACGCUGCCAUCCACUAUCAGCAGCAGUACUCCUCAUCUAUAAGAAGGUUUGACAACACACAUCAAGAACUAUCCAAGGCCGCAGCCCAGAACAAGGAGCUGCAGCGAGAGAUGGAGCGGCUGCAGUCAGAGACGACGCGGCUGAAGACCCAGCAGCUCAAGGCGGUGAAAGACUGCGAGAAAUACAAGGAAGAGCGGGACUCUGUGAUGAGUGAAUACCGCCUCAUCAUGAGCGAACGGGACCAAGUGAUCAAGGAGGUGGACAGGCUUCAGACCGGACUGGAGAUGGCUGAGGCAAAGCUGAAGAACACUUCCUCAGAGAGGCGGGUAGCCAACGAGGAGCUGGAGGCUCUCCGACAAGAGCUGGCCUCAGCAUUGGUGGACAGGGACCGGGCCAUCUGUGAAAAGAACGAGCUGCUGGAGAAAUACUGCCACGAGGUAAAGGACAAGGCCGAGGCCCAGAAGGAGCUUAGCCAGGCCUGCAAGGACAUUGAGACUGUGCGCGAGGAGAGGGACGUGGCCCGCAAGGAGAGGACCGAGGCCAUCAUCCAGAGAGACCAGCUGCUGCGAGAGUAUUACCAGGCCAGACAGCCCUGCACUGACUUCCGUCACUUUACAAACCCCCCUCCACCCACCCAGAAACAAGACUCUGCCACUCUGGACAUGGAGCGAGCCAACAAGGAGAUCGAUAUGCUGAGGAAGCAGUGUGAGGCCAUCUCUCAGGAGCUGAAAGAGGCCGUGCAAGAGGCUGAGGUGGCCAAGUGUCGACGCGACUGGGCCUUUCAGGAGAGGGACAAGAUAGUGGCAGAGAGGGAGAGCAUACGCACGUUAUGUGACAACCUGAGGCGGGAGAGGGACAGAGCUGUGAGCGAUCUGGCAGAUGCUUUGAGGAAUCUGGAUGACAUGAGGAAACAAAAGAACGAUGCUUCACGGGAACUCAAAGAGCUAAAAGAAAAGAUGGAGGACCAGUUGGAAAAAGAAGCAAGGUUUCGUCAGCUAAUGGCUCACAGUUCACAUGAUUCAGCCAUUGACACAGACUCAAUGGAGUGGGAGACGGAAGUUGUAGAAUUUGAGAAGCACAGAGAUAUGGAUUUGAAAGCACUUGGGUUUGACAUCGCUGAAGGGGUAAAUGAUCCUUAUUUACCGGGAGAUUGUGUCAUAUUUGUCAGUAAGGUGGAUAAAGGAAGUAUUGCUGAAGGAAGAUUGAGGGUGAACGAUUGGUUGUUGAAGAUUAAUGACGUGGACCUGACCAAUAAGGACAGGAAGCAGGUGAUCAAAGCGGUGCUGAGCGGUGAGGGGGUCAUCAAUAUGGUGGUUCGCAGGAGGAAGUCACUGGGAGGACGGAUCAUCACUCCGAUCCAGAUAAACCUGACUGGGCACAAAGACAGUGGCAUAGGACUGGAGAGUGGAGUGUUCGUUGCCACUGUGGCUCCAGGCAGUCCAGCUGCCAGAGACUGUGCUCUUACUGUUGGGGAUAGACUGCUGGCUAUAAAUGGAAUUGCACUCGAUAACAAGUCGCUCUCUGAAUGCGAGUCUCUGUUGAGGAACUGCUGUGACUCUCUCAGCAUCUCCCUCAUGAAGUUCCUUCCACAGAGCUGUUCUGGACAGAAUUUAUUUGAAAGUUUGAGAGAGUCAGAAAAGAUCUCUCGGCUCCAUUCCUGUGAGAUGCACACCAGGAACUGCAGGAACUCCAAGCACAACUGCUCCAAGCACAACUGCUCCACACAAACGGACAUUUGCAGCUGUGACAGAGGGGACGACGGAUGCAAGGACACAGGAAACUCUCUGGACAGCAGUGGCAGCAGUGCUGACUGCCGCCACAAGCCUUUCUCCAACAGCUCCCUGCACUCUCGCUCCCUUUCCUCCUCCCACAGUCCCUCGGAGCCUCACCCGGACUUCUGCUACAGGAGGCAAGAGCAUCGCCCCUUCACUUUCACCCCAGCGCUGUCUGACUGCAGCUCACCUCAGACCGCCAUAGACCGAGCACAGAGCUCACCAGCGAAGCCCAGUGGAGGCACAUGGCCUAAAGUCAUAGUGGGACCUUCGAUUCCAGAGUUUGCCCAGCUCUCCAUCUACAAAAAGGUCAAACAGAGGAAGUCAAUCUUCGACGUUAACACAUUCAGGAGGCCAGAGGCGACGCCGAAACUGGACUAUAUGUCUCUUUCUCAGUUGCCUAAGCACUCGCCACAGAGCUCCAUGUCUGAAUCUGCUCAGACGCCUCCCACCCCGCCUACCAGGAGCGACUCCUUCAGGUUCAAACAUCGACAGCAGAACAGCUCAGCAUCGGACUCCACCAUCACUACGGGCACUCCCCCAGCCUCGCCGGCCCAAGCCACAAGUCCCCAGGACCAGGAAGAGAUGGGCAACCAGCUCUAUUACACCGAUGCUCCUCCAGCAGAAACCAAGAAGCCGGCUGAGGAAGAGGGGAGUCGACACCGGCCUGAAGAAGGGAGUCGACAUCGGGCUGAAGAGCGGGGAAAGAGGCGGUACCGGCCAAAAUCAGCACCGGCGCUGCGGCGAAACGUGACUCCGUUACACAUCCCUGUUCCCAUGCAGGUGCAGAGCUUCUCCAAUGAUGAGCACUCCCCAGAGCCGAUGGACCUGUUACGCUUCUCUCCAAUGCGAACCAAUCGGUACAGCAUGUCCAUUGCACCCCCCAGCUACAGCAGCAUCGCAGCACACCCAACCCAGCACGGUUUGGCCCCAUGUCCUGCUGUGACGGCUGUUAUGAGGAACCCGGUCUACACUGCCUGGAGUCAUGAGAUCCAGACCAACAACUGCCCCCCAGCUCCCAGCUCAGGCAUCCACCCACAUUCACACACAAGCCCCCAGCAUCAAGGUCGCCACAGUCUGGACCUCAACCACAAGCGCACUGGAGACUCUACUGAGACAAGCUGCAGCCAACCACCACACAGCACAAACUCCCUGCCCUCCAGUGCUAGACUGGGUUCCUCCACUUUACAGUUUAGGACAGAGCGCAUUAAGAUCCCUCCAACUCGUUAUCCACGCUCCACGGGAUCUGACAGAGGCUCCCUCUCACAUUCUGAGUGCAGCAGCCCGACACCUCCAAUGUCCCCUGUCAACCUGGAGACAUCGUCUUUCAGCAGCAGCCAAUCGCAGAGCUCCAUUUCCACCCAGCCCAGAAUAUCAGUCAGCCCCGCUCCAGUUGGUGACAGGAGGAAGGAUGGGCCAUACUUGGAGGAGCCACGCAAUGUGACUGUACAGAAAGGAGCAGAACCACUGGGGAUCUCCAUUGUGAGUGGAGAGAACGGGGGCGUGUUUGUGUCCAAAGUGACAGCAGGCAGCAUCGCACACCAAGCCCGUUUAGAGUACGGAGACCAACUCCUGGAGUUUAAUGGAAUCAACCUUCGCAAUGCCAACGAGCAGCAGGCGCGGCUGGUGAUCGGGCAGCAGUGCGACACAGUCACCAUUUUGGCUCAGUAUAAUCCUCACAUGUUUCAGCUGGGCAACCACUCUCGUUCAGGUUCUCGUAUGGAGUCCAUCAGCAAUCGGCCGACUCCCCAAGCCAGUGGCGCCACCACUCCUGACAAUCACUCCACCGUGGAUACACUGAGUGAACAGGAUGAGGGCACCAUGACCCCUCCGUCCAAACAGACAACUCCUGCCACCAGCCCUCAAAACUCCUUCAGGCUGCCUGGUUCAAGCACGCGGCGGGCUGCAGAGCCUCGGCUGGUAAGGCUGAAAAAGAUCCAGGUGGAGCUGGGAAUUCAGAUCUGUGGAGGAAACCUUGUGGGAAUCUUAGUGGAGAGUCUGGAUGACGACAGUCCUGCUAAGACUCCUGAUGGUCUGCUACCUGGAGACUUGAUACUGGAGUACAACGGCAUCAGCAUGAAGAACAAAACAAAAGAAGAGGCUUACCUGGAAAUGUUGAAACCAACUGAAACAAUCACAUUCAAGGUCCAGAACUGCGUGGACGAGCUUCCUGUGAUCAAAGAGUCCUGCGGAGAUGGAUUUUACAUAAGAGCACUUUAUGAGAGGUUGGCAGAGUUGGAGCAGGAGCUGAACUUUAACAAAGACGACAUCAUGUAUGUGGAAGACACGCUACCAAACGGCAACUUUGGCUACUGGAUGGCCUGGCAACUCGACGAGAACGCACAGAAACUGGGAAAAGGGCAGAUUCCAAGUAAAUACAUGAUGGACCCGGAGUUCUACAGGAGACACGGCAUGGCCGACAUGAAAGACGACAACGGCACCAGCAAGAGUCUGUCUGCUGCCGCUCGGAGGUCCUUCUUCCGCCGCAGGCUGAAGCACAAACGCAGCGGGUCCAAGGACGGCAAGGAUCUGAUGGCUCUGGAUGCCAUAAGCACCGAUUCUUUACCCAUCACAGAAGACGGAGUGAGCCUGAUGUACCAGCGGGUUCAGAGGGUGGAGUGCACUUUCCCCAGACCAGUGCUGAUCUUGGGUCCCUUAGUGGAGUCCUGUAAGGACAUGUUGGUGAAGGAGGCUCCUGCCAAGUUUUGUCGUUGUCUGCCUGAGAUCAUGAAGGCAUCUCAGCAGGCAAUAGAGCGGGGAGUAAAGGACUGUGUGUUCAUCGACUACAAACGGAGGAGCGGCCAUUUUGAUGUGACAACUGUUGCAUCAAUAAAAGAGAUCACAGAGAAGGACUGUCACUGUUUACUUGACAUUGCCCCUCACGCCAUCGAACGUCUUCACAGCGUUCACAUCUACCCAAUCGUCAUAUUCAUUCGCUACAAAAACGCCAAGCAGAUAAAAGAGCAGAAGGACCCUCUGUACCUGCAGGAUAAACUCUCACAGAAACAUUCCAAGGAGCAGUUCGAGGCGGCACAGAAAACCGAACAGGAGUACAGCCGCUUCUUCACAGGAGUCGUCCAGGCGGGCAGCUUCUCUUACAUUUGCACUCAGAUCAUGACCAUCGUGGAGCAGGAACAAAGUAAAGUGCUGUGGAUUCCAGACGGAGCACCGUAGAAACGUCACCCGAAAAACAUUCGAGAAGAUCUGUUUUUUUUUUUUGUUUGUUUGUUUGUUUUUUAAUGUUUUGUUUUUUAAAAUUGUGGGACACACAGUGAAUCGGUACAUCUCACAGGCAUCAUGGCUAACUCCACUGCUUUCUCACACAUAGCAAUAUCAGCACUGACUGUGAUGCUCAUGUAAUAUUCCCACUACUUUAAUGAUGUACUGUACUGCAGAUAGAUUUGUUUACACUAGUAUUUAAUACUUGAAUGUUUUAUUUUCUCCCCUCAUAUCUAGUAGCACUCCUUUAAAAUCCCACUUUGUCCCCCAAACAUGUCGGACCACAGGAAGUGUGCAUCGAAGCAAACUCGGUUCUCGAAGUGAAGAUGGAGUGGACCACUGCGUUUCCCUUCUGUGUAUUUAUAUGCGUUUUCCUGCCAUUUAAUUUAUCUAAUCAGAUCAAAGAUGUUGGUUAUGAACCUUUGGUUAUACAAAAGUAGUUGCCUAGUUAAUAGGAAGAAUAUUUUCCAGUUAAUGUUCUUAUUUAUAGAGGAGAAUUUGGGGCAGGUUUGCUUCCUACCUACUUCUGCUUUCUGUUGACACCAUUUCACUCCUCAGAAAUGUUAUUGUGCCAAGCUUAAAGAGAGAUUUGCUAAUCACUGCCCAUUGUUGGAUUUAUUAACACUACAGCUUCCAUUUAAAAAUCUUACAGCAGGUAUGUUCGUUUCAGCACAGUUUGUUCGUUCUGCUGCUGUUGCCAAUUCUUGUUCGUCGAGUGGAUUUUUAAGAAGGGAUGUUUUAUUUCUGAUUCACUGUCGGCUAAACACGUUCACAAGCAGCUCUUCUCAAUUAGCUCGUGUUGUCAACAUUUCACGUUCAAGUUGGAUGAAGCACGUCGUGCGAGCUUUUCUCCUGAUGAAGGUUAAUAUUUCUAUGAAACAUUAAAAACAGAGUGCCGUUAAAGGAC